AUGGCUCCGAAACGUCACAACAAAAAGGCGGUACCUAACAUCAAAGUGCUCGUGGAGAACUCUGAGCACCUGCUCACCCAGCGAAUGAAUUGGGCCGUCGACAAAGUCAAGAUGCUCAAGAAACAAAAGCAACGAGCUAUGAUCUAUCUCAGGGAUUCAGAAACCGCCAGCAUGCUGAAUGAGAAGCUGUCUGACUCCGGCUUCAUUUCGAAGGAUAUCUCGAACAUAAGUUCCUCUCCCAUUCGCAACAGAGUCGUUUUGGAUUUCAACAACGAGAAUUACGACACUGAUGUUCUCGUCACCACCUACGAAGCGAGCAAGGGCUUCGAGUUCUACGGGGCCUGUCGUCGAGGUCUGAUUUUCGAGUAUCCUGGCAUUAUGGAUGACUAUGUCGCCGCAAUCAAGUGCCUGGACCACAACGGGCAGAAAGAGCCUGCUGAAUGGUUCAACUGCUACAUCCAUGGUACCAUGGACGUCAUGCAUGAUUUGAUUCUCACUCGAAGCGCGGUAGCUCGUAUUAUGCCAGAUGUUGAGAAGCAGACAAAGGUUCCUCAUGAACUUGGUUUGAUUUGUGCAUACCAUGCUGUGGCUGUUGCACUUGGGCAGUCAUCCAGCCGAUACCCUCGAGCUCGGGUUCACUGGAGCAACAUGGAAAGCGAUGAAAUCAAGCGAGAGGGUCUCUUCUAUGCUGCUGUCGCCACGUACCUCGAGGAGAACCAGGGAAGCGGCAACAAGUUCACCGCCGACACCAUGGCCAAGGUUGCCAAGAGCUGGAAGCCUGAGAGCAAGCUCACCAAGGAGCAUGUCAAUUGCGAGCUUCCUGAGCACAAGGACGGGGUUGUACUUUACAACUAUGUGAUUGGAGGAUACAAGGAGGGUAUGCUCUGA